AUGACCAGCAGGGUGGGCUCGCGACAAAGAAGAGCUCGAAAGCGCCGCGUUGAAGACCAACUCGAAUACAAGAAAGCUGAACUGCUUCGCGCCAGGUUCGAGCUCACGACGUACUGCAUUACGGACGUUCAGGACACUUUCACAGACGACUCGAGUACGGAUAAAUUGAUCGAGACCACGGCGGACAUGAAUCUGCAGGUGGAACUCGCUGAAGAUGAGGAAGAGCUCCCGCAAGUUACCUGUGUCGGACUCUAUGACAAGCAAGGCCGUUGCUUAUUCUGGACCACAAGCUGGCGCGCCGAGACACGCAACAAAACGUUCCUCUCGUUCCAGCUUAUGAUGAUCAUGAACAACGUAGGGCGGCAACGACUAUAG